CUCCGUCCGGCCCGGCCGCAGGGCCUCAGGCGGGCUCCCAUGGCGCGCCCGCGGCCCCGCGACUACAAGGCGGGGGAGCUGGUCUUCGCCAAGAUGAAGGGCUACCCGCACUGGCCGGCCCGGAUCGAUGAACUUCCGGAGGGAGCGGUGAAGCCUCCAGCCAAUAAAUACCCAAUCUUCUUCUUCGGCACUCAUGAAACGGCAUUUCUGGGUCCGAAAGACCUUUUCCCCUACAAGGAAUACAAAGAUAAGUUUGGGAAGUCAAACAAGCGAAAAGGAUUCAACGAAGGUUUGUGGGAAAUAGAAAAUAAUCCCGGAGUGAAAUUUACUGGAUACCAGGCAAUCCAGCAGCAGAGCUCUUCCGAAACCGAGGGAGAGGGAGGGAACACCGCCGAUGCCAGCAGCGAGGAGGAAGGCGGGCGAGUAGAGGAAGAUGGAAAGGGCAAAAGGAAGAAUGAGAAAGCCGGCUCGAAACGGAAAAAAUCAUAUACUUCAAAGAAGUCCUCCAAGCAGUCCCGGAAAUCUCCGGGGGACGAAGACGACAAAGACUGCAAAGAAGAAGAAAACAAGAGCAGCUCUGAAGCCGGAGACGCGGGCAACGACACAAGAAACACGUCUUCAGACUUGCAGAAAACCAGCGAAGGGACUUAACCGUCGGAACGAACGCCCGCCCGCCAAGGAAGAUCGCACGGAGGUUCCAUGUCCGAUUGUCUAACAGUCUUGGGUUUGAUAGAAGUCGCCCCAUUAUAAGUCACUGUCCCUGUCGCCCGAGUCCCAGUUUGUAUAUGCACAUAGUCCCGCCCCCUCCCUCUCUGUUGUAUUUGCCGAACUCAGACAUUUUAGCUUUUUCCGAGGGUCACCUUUCAUCCCCUAUCGUUUGCUUGCAUGAAGUCGUCCCGUCCCACCAGCGGGUUGGGGGGGCCCGAACCUUUUGCCCACGUUUGAGGGUCUCCCUUCCCACCCCCGCAGGAGGCCCCGUUCAGUUGGAAUCGACGUUUUUAGACGGGUGGGCGUUGGGGGGGGGGGGGGGGGCGAAGAACGUCUCCCUCCUCUCCCGAGCGCAACUAAGGAUCGAUUCCAAAUCGCCAGAGACACCCGAUUGACCGAAAACUCGAAAAACAAAAGUCGUCCGUUAGCGCCCAAGACCGAGGCUGUAAGAUACAUAGUCCCCGUUAGAGCUAGCUAGUUGAAACCGAAACGCGUCUCCAAAAUCACGUCGUCCUGUCCCCACGCUCACUUAGUUUCUCUAUGUGAAGUCAGUGAAAGUCUCUUUUGUGUUCCUUUAGAUGAAGACCAGGAUUUUUGUUUUCCAACGGCGAUACAGUUCGGGCUCUUGGCUUAAGUGGAUCCUUUUCAACGGUGAGCCUAGGGGAUUCAGCAGUUACCGUGGGAAAAAAAAACCAAAACCCCCGUUCAAUUUUCAAUACUUAAAGCCUGAAAAAAAAAAUUUAAAAAAAAAAAAAAGGAACUUCUUCUUCGGUUUUCUUUUGGAAAUAGAGCUAGAUUAGUAAGUAAUCAUUCCAAAAAUCCAUGAUUCUGUGUACAUUAUCGUUGCUAUUGUGAUAGAGAACUUUAUUUAUUUUUUAUGCCAGCUUUUAUCGUGAGAACAUAUUUAGUCGGUUUGGGUUUCCUCAGUCCUCGUUCUGCUUGUCUUUGGAACAUCUUUCGCGUAUUCAAGGUUUGUAGUUGAAGAGUUUACUGUAAAAAAAAAACAAAAACAAAAACAAAAAAAAAAAAUGUAUUGUUUUUACCGAAUAAACUUAUUGGAAUGUGUAUUGGGAGUAAGAUUUGAGGUUGUAAGCAACUAAGUUAGUGUCAUUUGACUUCAUUCAUGUAACAAUGUGAGGUAUUAAUGUAACUCAAGUAUUAAAGAAAAACAUCGUCAACCCUGAGUUGCCGAUAGUAGAA